AUACAAUUGAAAAAUCUGAAUAACUUUAAUUUUGAAUAAUAACGCCCAUAAUUUUAGGUGGCCCAGGUAGUGGAAAGGUGACACACUGUGAUACCUUUAUGGAAGAAAAGAGAGGAAUCAUCCAUAUCAAUAUGACAGACAUCUUACAGCAGUACACUGUCGCGGAAAUGAAGGACUUUAACCAACUUUCGAGCAAAACCGUCACUGAAGUACUGAUGCUGGAGAUGAAGAUGGCGCCUGCUGCAAAAGCAUUCCUCAUAUCCGGCUACCCGAGGAACAUGAGAGAUGUCGUCGAAUACUCCAACAAGAUCCAGAUAGUCAACGGAGUGGUGCUGAUCGCUUGGAGGCAGCGAGUGCUGGAACGCCAGAUCGACUACGGAGCCAAGUUGGGUCAGGUGGUCCUCAGCCUGGCCAGGAUGGAACUCAACAACUUCUUCAAGAACGUGACCCCUGUCGCAGACUACUUUGACCAGCGGGGGAUGGUCAUAGCGGUGAAUGGGGAAAGAAAUCCUUCAGAGGUGUACAGUGACUUCCGUACAGCUGUCUUGAGGAUCAUUGGCAGCCAAGAAGGAAAAAAGAAUGGAAUCAUAAGCAAUGGGGAUAUUAAUACUGCUCCACCAGUUACUGUUGCAUCUGUCUAUAAACCUCCGGCGAAGGGUUAUCCACCAGUCAUCUGGGUCAUAGGUGGCCCAGGAAGUAAUAAGUGGUCUCUCUGCCAGAAAGUUAUAAAGAGGGCAAAUGGUUGGGUACAUCUAAGUGUUGGACGGCUUCUCCGUGCAGCCUCUGAACCUUCUGAUCCGAGACAAGGAGAUUCAGGACUCAUUAUGGCUCAUGUGGCUUCAGGAAAUUUAGUUCCUCAAAAUAUUGUCAUCCAACUUGUUGAAACUCAAAUGACUACUAAUAUGAACGCACAAGGAAUUCUUAUGGAGGGCUUCCCAAGAGAUAUGGAACAAGUUAAGGAUUUUGAAGAAAAGUUUAAACAGCAGCCUAUGAUUGUGCUCUUGGAUUGUUCUAAACUGCAACUAGGUAGAGGACGUGUAGAUGACAGUGUGGCUUCGUUUCGGAAAAGGCUUGAAAUAUUCAGAGAGCAAACCCUUCCUAUGCUCAAAACACUAGAUAAUGAAAAUAGAUUGCAAAUAGUUGAUGGAGACACAGAUUUAUCUUCUGUUCAAGACGAAUUUGCACGAAUAAUCUUAAAUGAAGUUGAACGUCUCAGAAAAUCGGAUGGCCUCAUUGUUCCAGAGAGCCAGCCGGUACCAAAUGCUGAUCUGGAUAAUCUACUCCAAGAUUUGGAAGAAGAUGAAGAAAUCAGAACAAUAAGUAAGACAGUUGCUGCUUACCCACAAGGAAGGCCUUCGAGAGAAGCUAUAAGGGACAUGUAUGCUGGUGUUGAAACUUACAGGCUGGAUUCCAACAUGUGACGUCGAUCACAGAUUGCAAACCAUUCUCAAUUUGUUAAUCAUGAUUGACAAGUUGAUUAAAUAAUUUUGAAAUGAGACAAUGUUGGCUAUUUUUUCUAUAAGAUUAAAUCAUUCCUCAAUGAGAAAUAUUUUAAUCAUAAAUUUAGCGAAAAAUUAUUUGGAAAGGAGAAGAAGUUUGGC